GGAAAAGUUACAGGCCAGUCGGUCGCAGGUUUGAGCUGUGGAAAAUAGUGUGAGUAGAGUUACGAAAAGACUUUGGCUACAACUGAAGAUGAGGCUUCUGCUCCCGCUCCUGUUGGCAGUUUGGGUCAGCGCUCCGUUCGGCUGCUGCUCUCUCCCCACCUCGUCAUGCCUCCAACCUCCAGCAAAGUGGUGCUCAUCUUUAGACUCAGCUGUUCAGUGUGGGGUUUUGAAGCAGUGCCUGGAGUCUGACUUCAGUAGGAGCCGUCGGACCGAAGAGCCAGUCCAGGUUGGGCUAUACUAUGAGAGCCUGUGUCCUGGCUGCAGGAAGUUCCUCACUGAGAUGCUCUUCCCCACCUACCUGCUGCUUGACAUCAUGUCUGUAACUCUGGUACCCUAUGGAAAUGCACAGGAGACGCCUGUCGCUCAGAAGUAUACCUAUGAGUGCCAGCAUGGGAAACAGGAGUGUCUGGGGAACAUGAUAGAGACCUGUAUAAUGAACAUGACUGAUAUGGCUUUCCCAAUCAUCUUCUGCAUGGAGUCCUCUGCUGAUGUCAUCGGCUCAGCUGAAAGUUGUCUGAAAGUCUACGCCCCUGAUCUGAGCAUGGACAAAGUAAUGAGCUGUGUUAAUGGAGACAUGGGAAUGCAGUUGAUGCACCAGAAUGCCUUACAGACCAAGGCGUUGAACCCUCCCCAUCAGUAUGUGCCCUGGAUCACCAUCAAUGGGGUGCAUACAGAAGACUUACAGGAAAAGGCCAUGUCCUCCUUGUUCACACUGGUCUGCUCCAUGUAUAAGGGAACAAAACCUGCUGCCUGUGGAGGGAGCCAGAAACUGCACUACAAAAGUUACUGCCACAAUGAAUGAAGAAGCAGCUCAAUGCUGCAGUCUCUAAACUGAACACUCAGAAAUAUUGGUUUUCUUUGUAUCUUUUUCAUUUUGUCUCUAAAAAAA